UUAUUUGAAGUGAAUUUGUACGAAAGCCCUUUUCCAGUUUGCAACUAACUAACUGUUUAGCAUGAGAAAUUCAAUUGCUGGUCGGAUUUGUUACUUCUUGCAGCACAAUGGUUUAAGGAAAAUUCGAUUUUCUCCAACUCUUUCCUCCCAUGUUCAUGAACCAGCAACAACGUACUCAGAAUCAGGCCUGUGUCGCAUUCCUGAUAAAUUCAAGAAUCGAUGUAUUUCUCUGAAACCCACAUCAUAUUUCGCUUCUGUUAUCCCUCUUCGCCAUUUUCAUGCUACUUCAUCUAUCAGUGAGGAGACCCACCAAGAUUCGGAUGAUGCUAUAGAUAAUUCUAGCGGAGAAGUCGAACCGAUUGAUUCAUGGGAGGAAGAGGAUGAAGCUGAACCUGAGGUUGGAGAUGGUGGUGAUGGUGGUGGAAUUGUUCUGCAAAAUUGCACGUGGGGUGAAAGAGCAUUAUCCAUAGCCCAAGAAGUGCUGCUGGAGUUUGGUGAAGACUUUAAUCUCUAUGCAUUUAAAACAUCUCCUCGAGGCUACGUUUACGUGCGACUGGAUAAACUUUCAAACGAAUUCGGGUGCCCCUUAAUGGAUGAGAUCGAGUCAUUUAGUCGCCAAUACAAGAAAAAACUGGAUGAAAUUGGUGCAAGAGGAGAAAUCCCCGACGAUGUAGCUCUUGAAGUAUCGAGUCCCGGUGCAGAUCGACUACUGAAAGUACCUGAUGACCUGUCGAGGUUCAAAGACAUGCCAAUGGUAGUCAGCUACAUUGAAGAUUCGUCGUCAAAUACUCAAUGCCCAGAAAAGAGCGGAGUGUACUUUCUUGAUUCCAUUGAAACAGAAUCGAGAUGCUGCGUUUGGAAAUUGGCUGAUGUGAGAGAAAAUAGAGAUCCUUCGGCUAAAGGGAGGCCUUUGAGCCGUAAACAGAAAGAUUCCAGACUAAAACUACCGUACAAUACGAUUAAGCAGGUAAGUCUUUAUAUUAGUUACUAAUACUAGUGACAGGCAGUAAAAGUAGUGAACUCUUAACAGAUCAUCUAUUACAACGGGUCUCGACUCUCGAGGCUCAAGUUUGAACUCGGAAUUUGAAUUUACUUGAACCUCGAUUUUGUGAUUAAUAUAUUUCACUUUGUGUAGCAUC